CUUGUUUUAGCCAAGCAAGUUCUCGACAUGGCCAACAACCCAAUAUGUUUCUUCGAUAUCACCAUCGGUGGUCAGCCCGCUGGUCGUAUUGAAAUGACUUUGCGAGCGGAUAUUGUCCCAAAAACAGCUGAGAACUUCAGAGCUCUUUGCACAGGAGAGAAAGGAUUUGGGUACAAGGGAUCUGCUUUCCACAGAGUCAUCGACAACUUCAUGUGUCAAGGAGGUGAUUUCACUAAAGGAAACGGUACCGGAGGCAAGUCCAUCUACGGCAACAAGUUCGAGGAUGAGAACUUUACCCUGAAGCAUACCGGAGCUGGUGUCCUCUCCAUGGCCAAUGCCGGACCCGGAACCAACGGCUCUCAAUUCUUCCUGUGCACUGUCAAGACUGACUGGCUUGAUGGCAAACAUGUAGUGUUCGGAAAUGUUACCGGAGGAAUGGAUGUUGUCAAGGCUAUGGAAAAUGUAGGCUCUCGUUCAGGAGCAACGUCAAAGCCUGUCUCCAUCGCUGACUGUGGGGUCUUAUAAAUGAGAAGCAGAAUGAGAGAAGCAUUUAUGGGCAUGCUGGCCAGCCAUUUGCAAUUUAAUGAACUUACCACGUUGUCGUAAAAUCAUUCUUAUUUAUUCAAUUUUUACUUGAAUUAUUCAUCCAACGUAUUAUUGCCUUAUUAUUACUAUUUAUUAUACAUGAGAAAAUUUAUACCAUUCUUUAUAUUUGAAGAUUAUAUUAUAUAAGUAUACAUUUACUUAUCUGACUCGUGCCCAUUGCACUUUAAAACAUGUUUAUUUGUGGUAACAUUAUACAAAAUUGCAAAAACACGC